ACGAAGAAUUAUGUUGUGACAUUGAGACCCAUUCCUUCGUUUCACUUGUAAACAGCAUCUAGGUUAUGUUGAUAUGUGAAAUGUAUUGGUCUCAUUGGCCGUUCCCAGAUUUGAUCAUUACAGAGUUGUAAAUGUAAAAUUUCACAUUUUAUUUAUUAUCUCAUUUACAGAUAUAGUUCCAACAGAUUACACGAGUUGAUUGGAAGCAACAUAUUUCGACAAAGUAAAUUUAAAAGAAUUACACAGCUGCUGCUGCUCUGUAUGCCCAAGUUACCUGGACCAUACACAUAACUCGCGAAAGGUUUUCUAAAGACUUGCUAGUCGUGUCUGACCAACAUGUACAACUGGACAAAGGGAAACAGCUCACUAAGGAAUGAUAAGGUACCUGACAUGGGCAGUUCAGCUCAAUCCACAUGACCAAUCUAAAAAAGAGUGGCUGCCAAUGCAGGAAUUAGCCAAUGAUCAGUACUCAGGAUCCUAAAGGACAAUAAAAGGCACCCAUACCAUAUUUCACAACAUCAAGAACUGCAUAGAAAUUACUCCCUUCUAAGAAUGAACUUUUGUUUGUAAAUCCGUGAUAAAAUGCACAAAGAUGAAUAUAUUUUUUCGCAUUUAUGGUGUGAUGAAGCAACCAUCCGGAGCGAUGGAGAAGUGAACCGUCACAAUAUGAGGUUCUGGGUUUUUGAGAAUUCCUACGAGAUGCAAGAGGUAGACAGCCAAAAGUACUGGACCCUCAAUACUUCAUGCAUUAUUGGUAACCAAAUUGUUGCCCAUUUUUUUCCAAGGACACUCCUGGUAUUGCAAGCCCAGCCUAACUUCAAUAGUUAUUUAGAAGUGAUACUGUAUCCGCAAUAGACACUGUAUAUUGUGUCCAUUCUAGUUAGAUUAAUAGCGUUUUUGCAACUUGUAGAGUCCUACAUGAGUGAACAGUGGUGGGGGAAGGGGAGUGAGAGAGAGAGAUGUGGAGAAGGAUAAGCAUGGACUGACUUCCUUCUCCACAUUCCUUACCAACCACUCCUCAGUCGCCACUUUACCACUCUAGGGUAUGUGUUACAUAACAGCUGUUUUACAUACUCAGUAAUAAUAACAGCUGUUAACAAUAAAAAUGUGUUAAAAUACUUCUUAAUUAUACUAACAUAUUAAAUAGAUGCAAUGGACUAUUCUUAACAUAAACAAUAAUAAUAGUUACUCCAUAACAACGAGAAUAACAAAAAAUAGCGUGAUGCUCCAAAACACCAACGCAUGGAAGCAAAGCAAGCACUCGGUUCCCACUUUUGCCUUGUAAGGAAAAUAGAUCGGCCAAUGAAAGAGGGGGUGGUGGUAGGCGUGGUCGAGAUCCUGCUCCCCACUCCCCCUAUGCGCAAGAAAUCUUUGUGCAGGUCGCUUUAAAAGCGGCUCAUCUAUAAUAAACUUUAAUUAAUGUGUGAGAAGAAAUAUUCAUGGUUAGAGAGAGUUGUGAAUUUAAGCUUUCUCCAAACAGUAUCGAAAGAUUUUUUUGUUAAAUUUGGUGUAUCGAAAUGAAAAUUAAAUUUGCAAUUGAUUUUAUUACUAGAAUAGUUGCUGUGUCUUGACCGGAGACAUAAUUUCUAUUAGAGUUUAUAAAUUUGAAAAUAGCAUUGUUAGAAUUUAGUAUUGCAAGUUCUACUUCUUGAAUCAUGGAUCAAUUAACUGAACCUAAUUUUCAAGCAGUUCCUUUUGUAUUUAUGGUGUAUUAAAUGGGAUGGUGCUUCCAGAUUUAUAGAUUAAGAGCCGGAUGUAGUGAUAUGACUUUGGGUUUUUCCUCAUAAGAUCAAUAAUAAACCUCAUGCACUAAUAGGCCCCUAUUCUUGAUAGUAACGUCAAGGGCGUUGACUCACUUGGAAUAUCUAAUACUCAUCCAAACGCUUUCUAUUUUUUCUUAUUCUUUCUUCUCAUAUAAAGUUUAUACAUUUUUAAUAUUUAAAAUAUAUACAAAAAACUGUGAUUUUUCCAAAGUAACCAAUACAAAUAUCCAAAAGACUAAAAGUGUUUGGAUGCUAAUUAACUAUAUCUUGAAAAUAAGACAUCUCUCAUAAUUCCACAACUAAAAGUUAGAUCAUGAAAAUACAUGAGGUUUAAAAUUGUUCUUUUGUAUUUUUUAACACUAUUUGAUAAUUUAGGUAUGAGAAUUGUAUUAUUAAUGUGCAUUAAUAAUACAACACACUUGUCGGCGGCUAUCUGCCCUACACCUCACCUUCUAGUUAUAUAGAUAAAGUCUACGAAAAGACCCAUACAAAAGAACCCACAACUCGGACAACUGAAAAACAAGUAAUGAAUCAUAUAGGGGAAAAAACUCAAUCAUCAGCCUACCCUCCAUCCGAUGAUGAAGACUUUCAAAUCAUCCAAACAAAAGCAGAAAUACACCCUGUUAAAGAUGUGAACACCUACCAAUGCACAACAAUAUCAAACCGCAGCAUAAGCCAUAACACUCCAAAAAUAUCUAACAAAACAUUGUCACCAGCACAGCACCACAGCAGCUAUUUUUUUAGGAAGUCACCGGAGGAAAACAACCAAGAAGACAUACAAAACAAAAAUAUAUACAAAUACAGCAAUAAAAACACAGGACUUCCGGAACAAACAACAAAAAGCGAACAUAUUUCAGGCAUUAGGAACAAACCAAAGCAAACAAUAAAAAAAGUAAUAACAAUCCUCUAUCAAAACUGCCAGGAAGUAAAAAACAAGAUAAACCGUAUUAUCCACUUCCUUGAGUCCACCAAGCCAGAUAUAGUAAUACUUACUGAACAUGGUCUGAAGGAUGAAUUACUAAGAAAUACAAGAAUUCCUGGAUAUAUCCUGAAAAAUUACUUCAGCCGUGAGCUUCGACGGAAAGGUGGGGUGGCCAUUUACGUAGCAGAUGACUGUGAUGGAACCACUGAAGCCAUAGACAUUGUACACCACUGUAAGGAGUUCACCUGUGAAAUGGCUAUGGUAAAAGUGUCACACGGAAAAAAACAUCUCUAUGUUAUAGGCAUAUACAGGGCACCUGGUGAAAAACUUGACGAAGCCCUAGAUAUCAUUUCCGAUGUUCUAGAAGAUACUAAGGCAGAGAACUACUCUCUAAUAAUAAUGGGAGAUAUUAAUGUAGACACCCUAAAGCCUCAUGACAGGGAUACCCGCAGUUUAAAUGAAAGAUUGAAUAGGCACAACCUAACAAGAAUGAAACUCCCUCCCACAAGAAUCACUCCAUUAACCGUCUCCUCAAUUGACUGUGUCUGCACAAACCUCAACCUGGAAAAUCUCACAACAUCAAUAAUAGAAGCAGGCAUAUCUGACCACACAGCCCAGUUAACCACAGCACAAUUUAAGAAAACUAUCACCUCUUACACCAGCUUUACACGGAGACAGCUUAAUAAAGAUAACAUCGACACAUUAAGAGCUGUACUGGAAAAUGAAGACUGGAAUGGUGUAUACGGCUGACAAUGUUAACAAUGCUUACAACAGCUUCCUUACAACAAUAACAAUGGCAAUGGACUAUGCCUGUCCGGUAAAAAGGACAAGGCAUAAAAAAAGCAAAAAGCUCAAAACUUUCAUAGAUGAGGAAUCACUCGGCCUCAAAGCAACCUAUCUUAAAUGCCUUGACAAGCAUCGACUCACAGGCUCUACCGAAGAUAAGGCAGCAGCAUCAAAAGCAAAAAAAGACUAUGACCUCCAUCUCAAAAUGCUCAGGCAACAAGCAUCUGCUGAAUAUAUUAAUAACGCAGAGAACAAGUCUAAAGCUGCUUGGCAAGUCAUAACCUCUCAGAGAAAUAAAGGCGUACAGAAGCCAACAAAAUUGAAGAUGGAAAUUGACGGCAAGGAAACAAACAAUCCAAAUGAAAUUGUAGAACAUUUAAAUAAAUUUUUCACUAACGUAGCAGACACCACACUAGCAAUAAAUAAUCAGUACAACAAGAGUACAAACACCAUCCAUCACAAACAAAUAAAUCACUAUCUCACACACCUAAAACCUACAGACAUAAAAGAAAUACAUGAAAUACUCAAAAGCUUCAAGCCCAAAACCUCUGCAGGAGUCGAUGGCAUCUCAUCAAAACUAGUAAAACAAUGUUCCAACUCACUUUCACCUCCACUAGUCUAUAUUACAAAUAUGUCACUAAGAACAGGCCAAUUUCCGCUCUCUUUAAAGCUUGCAAAGAUCUACCCUAAGCUUAAAAGUAGAAGCCCAAUGGAUCCAAGUAACUACAGGCCAAUCUCGCUCAUUCCUACUUUUUCUAAAGUAAUUGAGCAGGUUGUGCUGAGAAGACUAUUGAAUCAUUGUGAGCAAGAGAAGUUACUUUCUGCAAGUCAACAUGGCUUUCUAAAAGGACGAUCAACCACCACUGCAAUUAUUGAGCUAGUGGAGUUUAUUAUAGACCACCUGGAGUCGGGACAGCUAGUCACUAGCAUCAUGCUUGACUUUAGUAAAGCAUUUGACUGCCUUGGGCACAAUCUAAUUUUAAAAAAAACUUGACAACCUUGGAAUAAAAGGGUCCGCUAUAAACUGGUUUAGGAGCUACCUGGAAGAACGAAGGCAGUUGGUGGAAGUUAAACAUGCAGAAGGUGAUAAAAUUUACAGUGUGAGAUCAAAGCCUCUUCCAGUAAAGAGAGGGGUCCCACAAGGCUCCGUCCUUGGCCCCAUGAUAUUCAUACUGUUCACAAAUGACAUGCCUCAAUACCUCAAUGGACUGUGUAAUACACUAAUGUAUGCUGACGACACCACCCUGCUCUCCUCAGAAAACUCAACCGACCAGCUAGCUGUAAAGUCAUUCAUAUCCCUGCACACAGCAUACCAGUACUGUCAUGCUAACGACCUGGUAGUAAACAUGUCCAAAACAAACCAGCUAGCUUUUGGUAGGAAGCGAGACCAGGUGCCAGCCCUGCCAGACGUCGACAUGAAGCAAAAGACCAAAUUUCUUGGAGUAACUAUAGACGAAAAUGUAUCCUGGACACAACAUGUAGACACACUAUGCAGCAAACUCAACACCAGCCUUUAUGUCCUAAAACAGACUAAAGCCAUUAGCAACUCAGCUACAGCUAGAACAACGUACUUUGCUGUUUUCGAAUCCUACCUUCGGUAUGGCAUAUCUGUCUGGAGCGGAACUGCUCAACAGAACUUGUCAAGAAUUCUAAGACUCCAAAAAAAAGCCAUAAGGGUUAUAAAUGGACUUAGCCCAAGAGACUCCUGUAGAGAAGCAUUCAAGGAGCUUAAAAUUAAGACAGUGAUUGCUCUUUAUAUCCAGGAGCAAUAACCUGCCACGUGUAGCUGACCAGCAUGACUACUACACUCAUCAUGCUGCAAACUACACUUUGGCGGCACAUCACCUCACAUUGUAUGAGAAGAAACCCUCCUACAUGGGCAAGAAGCUCUACAACCUACUACCAGCACACAUGAAGACUCUCUCAGGAAAGAAGUUAAAAACGUCAUUGAACAACUGGCUAACAACUAGACCUUUCUACACCCUGAAUGAAUACAUAGACAAUCAAGAUAUUUACAAACUCUAAAUAUUAACUAUAUAUAUUUAAGUAACUUUUAAUAUUCUUGCAGUUUUUAUCUUUUAGAAAUAUAGACCUUUUUAUUCAUUAACCUCAUGACAACGUCAGGCAAAAACAUUGUAUGCUACUUGCUUUGUAUGUAACUAUUGACAACUUGUUUCAAUUUAUGUGUUGAACCGAUUUGAUAAUCUUUUCUAAAACAUUUUACAACACAUGACUAUUUUUAGAUAUUUAGAUACUAAGAAUUGACGCCAUUGCUGUACUUUAAGUAUAUGUAAAUAAAGAAUCUUUGACUUUGACUUUGACAUUAAUAAUACAAAUGCAGACUGCUCGGAGGCAACUUUUUGACCCACAACUCCUGAUCUUAAUAUACAUAUAAUUUUUAGUGAUGCCCUUUACACGAACAUAAUAAAUUAUAAGACAUCCCAAAUGAGCUUAGGGUAGAACUAAGCACACCAUGUGUCGUAACAGGCUUCGCUUAGGUUGCAUGCAAAAUUUUAAACCUGUAGCUAAUUCCAUUCUCAAGAUGUUCUGCGGAUAGAUAAACAGAAAGACCAUAAGAAAAGUUGACAAGAAAAUGACGCCUCUUAGAACUUGUUCCUGUAGAAAUUAACUUUCAUGCAUAAUUUAAGUCAACUUAUGAAAUCUUACUCAACAUAUUUUACUACAUCAUACAUUCACAUUUUUAUUCAUUAAAUUGGGUUUCAUAUUAGUGUUUAAAUAAUAAAAGUGUACACACCAUAAAACUAUCUAUGUGUAGGGAUUGUUAGCCUACAUGUGUUAAUAAGUCACAUGUUUGAAUCUGUUAUGGGUGUACUUAGUUUGUUUGCAAUUUUAUUUAUUCUGCUAUUUUCUUGUUCCCAUCUUGAUGUACAAAUUUUCGCUAGUGCUCAGUCAAAUCUUGUGAAAUGACAUGCACCAUCUUUGAACUCAAUGUUUCUCAAAUGAAGC